AUGGACGUGGUGCUAGUUCUCUUGGCAGUUGUUCUUGUUGCAGUUGUGUUGUUCUUGCUAUAUACAUUCCUGACUACUUCGGCAUAUCCAAACCUGGGCCGACAUGACAGUGAGAAAUUCUUCUUUGAUCCCAAGUCCAAAUCCAAGCGCCUGUUUCCUGAGUACACAGACCCGCCGACCCUGGAUUUAACUGUGGUUGUGCCCGCUUAUAAUGAAGAAAAGCGAUUGCCUAUUAUGUUAGAAGAAGCUAUGGACUACUUAGAGAAGCGCCAGUCACAAGAUUCCAGUUUUACAUAUGAAGUCAUUAUUGUUGAUGAUGGAAGCUCUGAUCAGACAUCAGAGGUUGGGCUGAUGCACUCCGAAAAAUAUGGCACGGAGAAGGUCAGGGUUCUGACCUUGUACAAGAAUAGAGGAAAAGGUGGUGCUGUUAGGCUUGGGGUUCUGUCCAGUAGAGGCAAAAACAUCUUGUUUGUUGAUGCUGAUGGAGCCAGCAGAUUCAGCGACUUGGAUAAACUAGAGGACAGUCUCAAUUCGCUAAAGAAAAAUGCCUUGGAUAAAGCAGAAAAGCAAAGCAAGAAAUUGAGAAAGCUGGAGCAGAUGGCAGUUAGCUGUGGUUCCAGAGCUCACAUGGAAAAGGAUUCCAUUGUUAAACGAUCCUUGUUCCGUACAGUCCUCAUGUUGGGCUUUCAUUUUGUGGUCUGGUUGUUGUGUGUACGAGGCAUUAAAGACACUCAAUGUGGGUUCAAGCUACUCAGCCGUGAAGCGGCCAUAUUGCUAUUUUUAAACCUUCAUGUUGAAAGAUGGGCCUUCGAUGUUGAUUUGCUAUAUAUUGCACAGUACUUUGGAAUAUCUGUGGCUGAAGUUCCAGUGGAGUGGCAUGAAAUUGAAGGUACAAAAAUGGUGCCAGUUUGGAGCUGGUUGCAGAUGGGAAGAGAUAUAAUAUUAAUACGACUGCGUUAUACUUUAGGUGUAUGGAAAAUUAAAAGUAAAUUUUAA